AUGACGUCUGCUGAAAAUGUACGUGAACUUUGCAGCACAAAUAUUUUUGAGUACGCGAUAUCAAGAUCUACAUCGAGACCAAACAGUUGGCUGAGAAGUGACAAGAUCACGGUUAAUGAAGCUAAGAGACUUGAUGUAACUGUUCGGUAUUUCAUCGCAGAUUGCUCUUCCAUGGGGAAAAAAGGAGAAAAUAAAUGCGUGAAUGCUAUCGACUUGUAUGUCAAACAGUCAAACCAGGAUAUUAUAGACAAGUCAAACUAUCCAAAUCCUCUAUCACACACAACUUCAUAUGAAAAAAUAGCAGAACUGGGACACCCAACCAAUGUGGAAACAUCCAAAACAGUAUCAGUAGUCAUAAAAAGAAAAUUUCUCUUCUUAGCAUUCCAUAAUAAUGGAGCGUGUAGUAUCUUGUACUCUGUCAAAGUUAGUUACAACUUUUGCCCUGAGAAGAUACUCGGCAACAACUUGUUAGUGUUACCCAGAACAGCAGCACCAGCGAAUGAAUUGGAAAUCUCACGAGUUGAGGGCAGAUGUAAAGAAAAUGCGGUUCAAUUUCUUAGCAGUCUGCACGCCUAUUGCGAUAGUAGAGGAAGUUGGAACAAAACUUCGUUUGAAGGGAGAUGUAUUUGUAAAGAAGACAUGGAAAAUACCGACGGAAGAUGUCAAGACUCAAAGGCUGUCAUAUAUCUGAACAUUAUCUAUGGAUUUGUUGUCUUAUUGGUACUUUUCAUAGUUGGCUCUGUAUGUUUUAUCAUUUACAGAAGAUGUCGACACCAAAGAAAUAGAGACCGUUUUGAAGAACCCGAAACAGCAGAGCCUACAGGCACCAUGAGUUUAGAGCCCGGAAAAGCAGAAUCUACAGGCGCUAUGAGGGUAGAGCCAGAAAAAGCAGAAUCUCUCAUUAGUGCGUACGAUAAUGUGGCACUGUGGACUGUAGCCGAGGGUCAAAAUGAGGAUGGCAUUCGACUUAUCCGUGAUCAGAUCAAAACAAUUAGAUUUCUAGGGAAUGGAAACUUUGGUCAAGUCUACCAUGCAGUUUACGGACCUUUACGAACUGAGGUGGCGGUGAAAUCACUGAGAGACGAUGCCACAAAGAAGGACCUAAAAGACAUACUGACAGAACUGGACCUUAUGAAAUCUUUGAAACCUCAUCCUCAUGUUGUAAGACUCAUCGGAUGUUGUACAGAAAAAGACCCAAUCAUGAUAGUUUUAGAGUAUUUACCAUACGGUGAUCUGUUGGGAUAUCUGCGCAAGAGCAGAGGGAUCGAGGAUACUUAUAACUCAGGAGAAAAGAGACCAAGCUCAACACUCACAGAAAAGGACCUCUUGUCCUUUGCGUGGAUGAUCGCUGAUGGUAUGAGCUAUUUGUCAACAAUGAAGGUUGUUCAUCGUGAUUUAGCAGCCAGAAAUGUGUUAGUAGGUGACAAUAAAGUGUGCAAGAUAUCAGACUUUGGUUUGGCACGUGGUUUGGAGGGCGAUGUAUACAUGAGAAAGGCUAAGGCUCGCCUCCCAAUCAAGUGGAUGCCCCCAGAAUCUCUUUUGUAUGGAACCUCUACCACUAUGAGUGAUGUAUGGUCUUACGGCAUUGUGAUGUGGGAAGUGUUCACCAUAGGUGAAUCACCUUAUCCUGGGAAAACGAAAUCAGAAAUAGCAGGUUUACUGGUAAAAGGAUACCGCAUGCCUAAGCCAGCCCACAUCUCUCAAGAACUGUAUUCGAUUAUGACUAAGUGUUGGGAAGAGAAACCUCAGGAAAGGCCAACAUUCCAGUGGCUUUGUUCUACGGUUAAAAAACUCCUUCAUGACCGAAAGAACCACGUCAAUUUAGAAGUCUACGAUACCAAGGAUUAUGUUAAUUUCGAUAUGAUGGCGGGAAAGGACCGUGAAGAAGAAACUGCAUCGAAUCAUGAUGACUAA